AUGGCUUGGAAUUAUGUGUUUAAUGUCAAGGUUGAAGCAGUCCUCAAACAAUGGAGGCAUGAGAUCAAACAUGAAACUUAUGACAGGUAUGAGAAGGACUGGCAUAGGUUUUUAAACCUCGAUGACCGAGUUGACGAGAUUUAUUUCACGGCUCUCCUCAUGUAUUGGGACAGCGAUGCCGCCAAGGAGGGAUUUGAGGCUGCAUCCAAGGAGGCUGCAUCUGUGUACAUUUUACAGGAGGAGGAACAAACCGAGCCGGACCCUUACAUGCUUUCUGCAGAGGAGAACAUUACUCUCACACAGAACCUGAUGGGUCAUAAUAGGAGAGGAAGAUAUCCUCUGCAUAGUGUUGGAUCUUCACCCCGCAUAAGCGUGAGAUCAUCCACAACAUCCUCCACGCCAUCUACAUCAAUGAGAGCAGCCCCUAGCAGUUUCCAGGCUAUGCCAUUUAUCGCACGUAUCUCUGCGUAUUUGAUUGACAAGAUUGACCCGGAGCUGCAUAUUCAGGUGACUAAUGAGAUGACUAGAGUUACGCUGACGGCGAACUCGAUGGACGAUAUUAUGGGGUAUGUUAUACAAAAUUUAGGCGGUACGAUUCCUUAUAGCACGUAUGGUGGUAUCAUACGGAUCAUAAGCUCGAUUGACAAUAAUUCCGACGCUAGAUAGAGCAGCACUCAGAGUGGAGAUAUUAGAGGGAGCAGCACCCGUUCUCGCAACCGGGAUAGAGAUACCGCCGACGACGAUGAUAGAUGAGGUUUUUUUUAUUUUUAAUACAAUAAACAGUUUUAUUUGUUAUAACACUAUAUUU